GGAGCGCGGCGGCGGGUCCCAGCCUGGCGCCGGGGGCGCGCGGCCGGGAGAAGGUUUGACGUGGCAGUUCACAGCCCAGCUGCAACUCCGAGCGUGAGACCAGGCUGAGGGGACGCCGGCCAGGGAAGAGGCGCGGCGAGAGGAACGGCCGCAGCGGGAGGCGGCUCACCGGCACUAGGCGCAGAGCCGCCAGCGCUCGGAAGCCCGCGGGGUGCGGGAGUGGGAGCAGCAAAUAAAAGAACAAAAGGAAAAAUAUGCCUGAAUGGGGCAAAUAAACUGGAGGGGAAUUGUAGAAUUAGUGGAAAUCUGGAAAGGCUCCUAAAGGCUUCAUUUUCUAAAAGAAAGAACUGAGGCUCAGAGAGGUUCUUCAGCUUAUUCCAUGUCACACAGAGUUCUUUUGUAGGAUUAUCCUUUGGAAUGAUAUUUUCAUAAUGAGUCAACAAGGUUACGUGGCUACACCCCCAUAUUCUCAGCCCCAGUCUGGAAUAGGCCUUUCUCCACCUCAUUACGGGCACUAUGGGGAUCCAUCACACACAGCAUCUCCAACAGGUAUGAUUAAGCCAGCAGGGCCUUUGGGGGCCACUGCCACUGGAGCGAUAUUGCCUCCAGGUCCUCCGCCUCCUGGACCCCAUCAGUUUGGCCAGAAUGGAGCUCAUGCUGCUGGUCACCCUCCCCAAAGAUUUUCAGGCCCUCCACCUGUCAACAAUGUGGCAUCCUCAUAUGCACCAUACCAACCCUCUGCACAAUCAUCUUAUCCAAAUUCUAUGUCCACUUCAUCUGUCACCCAGAUGGGCAGCCAGCUCAGUGCUAUGCAAAUUAACAGCUAUGGUUCAGGCAUGGCUCCUCCAAGCCAGGGACCCCCUGGCCCUCUGUCAGCCACGUCAUUCCAGACUCCUCCACAACCUCCACAGCCAUCCAUUUUGCAGCCUGGAUCUCAGGUUCUUCCACCACCACCCACCACACUCAAUGGUCCUGGUGCUUCACCUUUGCCUCCACCAAUGUACAGGCCAGAUGGGCUCACUGGACCUCCUCCUUCAAAUGCCCAGUACCAGUCCCCGCCUCUUCCAGGCCAGACCCUGGGCGCUGGAUAUCCUCCACAGCAGGCAGCCAACUCUGGCCCCCAGAUGGCAGGCACACAGCUCUCUUACCCAGGAGGCUUCCCUGGAGGUCCUGCACAGAUGGCUGGUCCACCACAGCCCCAGAAGAAGCUGGAUCCUGACUCUAUCCCUAGCCCAAUUCAGGUGAUUGAGAAUGAUAGAGCCAGCAGAGGAGGACAAGUUUAUGCCACCAACACCAGAGGCCAGAUCCCUCCCCUGGUCACUACAGAUUGUAUAAUACAAGACCAAGGAAAUGCCAGUCCUCGAUUCAUCCGUUGCACAACAUACUGUUUUCCAUGCACGUCAGAUAUGGCAAAGCAAGCUCAGAUUCCGUUAGCUGCUGUCAUCAAACCCUUUGCCACCAUUCCUUCAAAUGAGACUCCCCUUUACUUGGUAAAUCACGGCGAGAGUGGACCAGUCAGAUGCAAUAGGUGCAAGGCCUACAUGUGCCCAUUUAUGCAGUUCAUCGAAGGAGGAAGGAGAUAUCAGUGUGGAUUUUGCAACUGUGUGAAUGAUGUUCCACCAUUCUACUUCCAACAUCUGGACCACGUUGGAAGAAGACUAGACCACUAUGAGAAACCAGAGUUAUCUCUAGGAUCUUAUGAAUAUGUUGCCACUUUGGAUUAUUGCAGAAAGAAUAAGCCUCCCAACCCACCAGCCUUCAUCUUCAUGAUUGAUGUUUCAUAUAGUAACAUAAAGAAUGGACUUGUCAAGCUCAUAUGUGAAGAACUGAAGACCGUGCUGGAAAAACUUCCAAAGGAAGAGCAAGAAGAGACGUCUGCAAUUCGAGUGGGUUUUAUCACAUAUAACAAAGUUCUCCAUUUCUUUAAUGUGAAGAGUAAUUUGGCCCAGCCUCAGAUGAUGGUAGUGACUGAUGUUGGAGAAGUCUUUGUUCCUCUGUUGGAUGGUUUCCUUGUGAACUAUCAAGAAUCCCAAUCUGUGAUUCAUAAUUUGUUGGACCAGAUUCCAGACAUGUUUGCAGACUCUAAUGAAAAUGAGACUGUCUUUGCUCCUGUCAUCCAGGCCGGCAUGGAAGCACUAAAGGCAGCAGACUGUCCUGGGAAGCUGUUUAUCUUCCAUUCUUCCUUGCCAACUGCUGAAGCACCAGGAAAGCUCAAAAACAGAGAUGACAAAAAACUGGUUAAUACAGAUAAAGAGAAGAUACUUUUCCAGCCCCAAACAAAUGUGUAUGACUCAUUGGCCAAGGACUGCGUGGCUCACGGCUGCUCUGUCACCCUCUUCCUCUUUCCCAGUCAGUAUGUGGACGUGGCCUCACUGGGGCUGGUUCCUCAGCUCACUGGAGGAACCCUUUACAAAUACAGCAAUUUCCAGAUGCACUUGGAUAGCCAACAAUUUUUGAAUGACCUCAGAAAUGAUAUUGAAAAGAAAAUAGGCUUUGAUGCUAUUAUGAGGGUUCGUACCAGCACAGGUUUCAGAGCCACUGAUUUCUUUGGUGGAAUCUUGAUGAACAACACCACCGAUGUAGAAAUGGCUGCCAUCGACUGUGACAAGGCAGUUACUGUGGAGUUCAAGCACGAUGACAAACUCAGUGAAGACAGUGGAGCCUUAAUCCAGUGUGCUGUGCUUUACACAACAAUCAGUGGUCAAAGAAGACUUCGGAUUCACAAUCUUGGCUUAAACUGCAGCUCCCAGCUGGCUGAUCUUUAUAAGAGCUGUGAAACAGAUGCUCUUAUGAACUUCUUUGCCAAGUCAGCUUUUAAAGCAAUUCUCCACCAGCCUUUGAAGGUCAUCCGGGAAAUUCUAGUUAAUCAGACUGCCCAUAUGUUGGCAUGUUACCGAAAGAAUUGUGCCAGUCCUUCUGCAGCAAGCCAGCUUAUUCUACCAGAUUCCAUGAAAGUAUUGCCAGUGUACAUGAACUGUUUGUUGAAAAACUGUGUGCUGCUCAGCAGACCAGAGAUCUCAACCGAUGAGCGGGCAUUCCAGAGACAGCUGGUCAUGACCAUGGGUGUGGCUGAUUCUCAGCUUUUCUUCUACCCACAACUUCUGCCCAUACACACAUUAGAUGUCAAGAGUACAACAUUACCUGCUGCUGUUCGUUGCUCAGAGUCCCGUCUUUCAGAAGGAGGAAUAUUCUUACUGGUCAAUGGUCUACACAUGUUCCUGUGGUUGGGAGUAAGCAGCCCACCAGAACUGAUCCAAGGAAUAUUUAAUGUGCCGUCUUUUGCACAUAUCAACACAGAUAUGGUAAGUAUUUUUUUCAUUGCUUUUAUGGUAACAAAACUGAGCCAUUUUCAAAUUAUGUGUUAUAUAACCAGGUGCUGUUAUAUUUUGUGUUUUGUUUUUUGUUUUUUUUUUCCCCAGCUCACAAUAGUAAAGCAGCGAGAACAGCCAGAAAUGGUUUUCCGACAAUUCCUGGUAGAAGACAAAGGACUUUAUGGAGGCUCUUCUUAUGUGGAUUUCCUUUGCUGUGUUCACAAGGAGAUCUGUCAGCUGCUUAAUUAAUUGAAGCUUCUCUGUCAUUGAUGUUGCAUUUCUAAGGAGAUAAUCUCCUUCUUGGUGCCUAAUUUUCUAGAUGAUAAUAGGCUAGCUUUGAUUUCUUGCUCAUUUUCAGAAUAGCUUUCCAGGAAAAGAUGGCAUUUAGAACUUCAGCUUUGGUGCUCAGGUAUAAAGCCAAUUAAGGUACAAUUGUACCAUAAAGGGAACAGUCUGUUUCUGAUUGCUCAGUUUCUAAUUUUUAAAACUGAUGUGGUUUGCAUUUCAUGAAAGGCAAAGUUUACAGAACCAUAAACAUUCUCAAUUUUCUUUCUUUGUGCUAGACAUAUAAAUUAUUUUUCAAACUGUAUAGACGGGGGUAAAAAGUUGUCUUGGUUCCUCUCCCAAUUGCAAUGAGAAAAAAAAAGCUUAAUUUUUACAUUAUACCUAAUUUUUUAAAAACCAUGUAACUCCAUUGAACACAUUUUUCAACUUAAGGAUUGCAGAGCAGACUUUCAAUAACCUUGGAAUCUAUUUGGUAGAACAAUUUUUGUUCUACAUUUUUUUCAUAAUUAUAUAUUGGGUAUGUUAAAACUAUUUUCCAGUUGUUUUGUCUAUAAAAGUGUCUUUAUUCAUAUUCUUAAUGGUUCUUUGUACAAUUUGGAAGUUUCUACCUGUAUAUAAUGGAUCUUAACCAAUAUCAAUAAAUCAUUUCAUAUACUCUUA